ACAGGGGGCGCUGAAUGGCGUGACAAAUAAGGAAGUGCCCUGCAGUAUUAUGAAUGAGCGUCUGAAAUUAAUUUUUCCCUCGUAACGGGUCACCAUCUCGUGAAGUCGACGCGAGUGGACGAGGCGUGACAAAACCUCCAAAAUGUCCGCGAGCGCUGUUUACGUCUUGGAUUUGAAAGGAAAGGUGCUGGUGUGCCGAAACUACCGCGGCGAUGUGGACAUGUCCGAGAUUGAGCACUUCAUGAGCCUUCUGAUGGACAAGGAGGAGGAGGGGACGCUGUCUCCCAUCCUGGCCCACGGCGGCGUGCGCUUCAUGUGGAUCAAACACAAUAACCUCUACUUGGUGGCAACAUCCAAGAAAAACGCCAGCGUUUCCUUGGUUUUCUCCUUUUUGUACAAAAUUGUCCAGGUUUUUUCCGAGUAUUUCAAAGAACUGGAGGAAGAGAGCAUUCGGGAUAACUUUGUUAUCAUAUACGAGCUGAUGGACGAGCUGAUGGAUUUUGGCUACCCGCAGACCACUGACAGCAAGAUACUGCAAGAGUAUAUAACUCAGGAGGGUCACAAACUGGAUACGGGCGCCCCUCGCCCGCCCGCCACAGUCACCAACGCGGUCUCCUGGCGAUCGGAGGGCAUCAAGUACAGGAAAAACGAAGUCUUCCUGGAUGUUAUCGAGUCGGUUAAUCUCCUGGUCAGUGCCAACGGCAACGUUCUGCGCAGCGAAAUCGUCGGCUCCAUUAAGAUGCGCGUCUUCCUGUCUGGCAUGCCCGAGUUGCGCCUUGGCCUCAACGACAAGGUUCUGUUUGAAAACACUGGACGUGGCAAAAGUAAGUCAGUGGAGCUGGAGGACGUCAAGUUCCACCAGUGUGUCCGUUUGUCUCGCUUUGAGAACGACCGGACCAUCUCCUUCAUCCCACCCGACGGAGAGUUCGAGCUCAUGUCCUACCGCCUCAACACUCACGUGAAGCCCCUCAUCUGGAUCGAGUCCGUCAUCGAGAAGCACUCUCACAGUCGCAUCGAGUACAUGAUUAAGGCCAAAAGCCAGUUCAAACGGCGCUCCACCGCCAACAACGUGGAGAUCCACAUUCCUGUGCCAACGGACGCUGACUCUCCCAAGUUCAAGACCACGGUUGGCAGCGUCAAGUGGGUUCCAGAGAACAGCGAGAUUGUCUGGUCCAUCAAGUCCUUCCCUGGCGGCAAGGAGUACCUGAUGCGGGCCCACUUCGGCCUCCCGAGCGUGGAAGCAGAAGACAAGGAGGGGAAGCCCCCAAUCAGUGUCAAGUUCGAGAUCCCUUACUUCACCACCUCAGGCAUCCAGGUGCGCUACCUGAAGAUCAUCGAGAAGAGCGGCUAUCAGGCUCUGCCGUGGGUGCGUUACAUCACGCAGAAUGGAGAUUACCAGCUCCGCACCCAGUAAGGCAACGCCUCGGCCAGGGUGGGAGGAAGCCGGACGACGGCGGCGGCAGCGGCGGUGGGGGGAGGGGGUGGGCGGUCCGGCUAAUGAGGCCGUCGUUGGCAGGUGUCAGUCAAGAGACCGCGGAGGACUCACUGACUUGUUUUUGACCAUUUUCAAGUCGGCGCAAAUAUUAGAAGGGGGGAGUUCGUACGUCGGAGGAAGGCGUUCAGUUUUCCAUCGCGCGGCCAACUAAAGCAGGAGUCAUGUUUACACGCAGUGUCAUCACUAGGUCACAAGCAUCACACACCUCCUCUAUUGAUUUCUUUUUUUUUUAUGUAUAUAUCUGCUACAUAUCAAUGAGGUCAGUGUUAUCACUUACAAGCGAGCCAAUCAGUAUGCUUCUUGGCGUUACGGUGCCAUCACCUUUUCUCCAUUGUCAGCUUUCAAACGCGCCUAAAAGAAAAAACGUUCUAAUUACGGUUGCAUGGUGAUUCCUUAUCUAUAAACCCCUUCUCUAUGUAACCACAUCCUCCAAAAAAAAAAAAAAAAAUCAUUAAAUGUAUAUUUAGAGAAAACACUUGCAGACUUCUUUUGUCAUUGGUGGACACUCCGAUUUUUUCCAGGUAAGUUUUAAUUCUCAAUUCUGAUUUUGUGCCUAAAUGUUUCAUUUCUGUUUUCCAAUAACCCAUACCCCAUUUAUUUUAUUUUUUUUUUACAUUUAUUGAACACUUGAAGCAACCAGGAAUUGCACCAAACGGAUGUAAACAACUGCAUUCAUAGGGUGAAGGACCAUUAAAUAUUGGUCAAAUAGUAAUCUUGCGCUUUAAUGGAGGUAUGCCACCAUGCUGCAGUACACUUUGAUGGUUAAAAUCCAAACAUAUAUCAUGUAUAUACUUAUACACAUCAGUACAAAAGGGUGAUGUACUUUUUCCUAAUGAGAACUAGUCGAAUGUGAACAGUGGGUAUACUACACAUUACAUUUUGCUUUGUAUUCAUGUACUUUUUGUGAUGAGAAGUGAUUAAUGUAACCUUAGUACAGAGAGCAAAAAGGCAUAUUGAUCAUGAUUCUAUAUCUUUCCCCCCCUUUUUGUU